AUGCGUUUUGUACAGGCACUCUUCACUACGAUCGGCCUCAUAGCCUUGGCUGAAGCUGCGAAACAUUACCUCAUCGUCGGAACCUUCAGCACCAACUUCCUCUACACUGUCGAGUAUGACGACGCGGCCGAAACCCUAAAGCUUGUCAAGAAUACCACUGCCAACGCCGGUAGCGCCUGGAUCACUCUAAGCCAUGACAAGAAGAACUUGUACGGCACCGACUGGAACGCAGAUGAAGCUUCUUUCGUUAGUUACAGCUUGAAAGAUGCCAAGUCUAUCAAGUAUGAGACUAGAGUGUUUGGAGACCCCGAAUGCCGAGGCAAGAAAAGCAACUUCGUCGCUGCUUAUCCCAAAGCACCCUACAGUGUAUAUGGUAAUUAUUUCUACGGUGAUGUCCAUGAUGCCAAGUGCGGUAUGGUCAUGUCGGUACACGACAAUGGAACUCUUCACGCCGCACUACAACAGUACAUGUACGCGGACGAUUCCGCCGUAACUGGAACUUCAUUCAGCGCUGAUUCGCAAUACCUCUACUCGGCCGAUAAGGUUGGCAACUCCAUCUGGGUCCAUAAUGUCACCGAAAAGGACGGCAGCCUUGACUUCCUGUCGCGAGUUGACAUGCCUGUGAAAGGUGCAGACCCUCGUCAUGUUUUCGCCCACCCGGAAGGGCAAUACGUCUACACCGUCUGGGAGGGAACUAGCCAAGUCGCCCAGCUCAUGACCAGCGACCUCGGCAAACUAUAUCUCCUACAGCAAACCUACCCCCUUAUCAAGGAUGGUGACCAGUUGUCAGAUUUCUGGGCUCACGACAUUGCCCUUUCCGCCAACAAUAAGUACCUCUGGGCAAGUAAUAGUGCAUCCAAUCCGAACCACAAGGGAUAUAUUUCAGCUAUCAAUGUCAACGACGAAGGCCUCCUCGGCGACCAGCUCUUCCUUACCCAUACUACCUCUGGUGGUGGUUCUUCCAAUGCUAUUGCCCCAAGCUCGUUCGACGACAGAAUUGUUGCGAAAACUGGUAACUCGACGGGCUUUAUUGAGAUAUGGAAGAUGAAUGAUGACAAGUCUGGAGCGAAGGUGGUAGCUCAUCUAGAUAUUGAUGAUGGUGGUGGAUGCUGUGCCAACGCCGUUUGGUACUCGUAG